AUGGCCCAACGAUCGGUGUCCCUUACUGAACCCGAAAGCAACUGUCGAGACUUGCUGAAACCUAGACAGAACGGACCCCGACUUGUUUGGUAUAUAUACAUGUUUUUGGGUCGAGCUCAACCCAGAGUCCGCAAAAAAGCUCGAGACCUGCCUUCAGGAUUCGGAAAGAUUUUGACUUGGACAGCAGUGCGAAGCUCGGUGCCAGCAAAACCAUACAGGCCACAAAUACAAGUAAACUUCCAUGAGAAGCGGAUUGGACAGUGUACGUAA